CCGGCUGCGCUCGGGGAGCUGCGCCCGCCCGUGCCCCGCUCCGCCUCGGGCCAUGCUGCUGCCGUCCGACGUGGCCCGGCUGGUGCUGGGCUACUUGCAACAGGAAAAUCUUCAAGCUACCUGCCAUCAAUUUAUUCUGGAAAGCUCAGAUUUGAAAGAAUAUGCAGAGCACUGUACAGAAGAUGGUUUUAUUCCAGCCUGCUUGCUGUCGCUGUGUGGAAAAAACUUGACAACUAUUCUUAACGAAUACGUAGCCAUGAAAACAAAAGAAACAACAAAUGAGGUUCCAGCAAUGAUGUCAUCUCUGUGGAAAAAAUUAGACUAUACACUUUCUCAGAUCAGGAGCAUGCAGAGUUCAGAUUUCAGAUUUUCUUCUAACCAGAGGAUACGUACAAGAAGUGGAAUUGUAGAAAUGAAAAGGCAGAGAAUGCUUCAGCAGUCAGCUCCUGCAAACUCAGGACUGUUGUCAGUAGCCCAUCAGUCAGGGCAGCAGAAUUCCUCUUCUUCUGUUGUACCUCCUCAAGCAAUUCACAGGCCAGCAGUAAAUCAAAGCAUGCCACAGACAAGACUGAGUACACUGUUUGUGAACCAGUCACAAGCUCAAGAAAACAAGAUCAACACAGGAGGUCUCAUACACAUUCAGGUUCCAACAUCACAAGAACGAAAGCUUCAUUCAAACUUGCUUUCUCCAGGAAGGCGAAAAAGUGAAUCUCAGAAGAGGAAAAAUAUUGCAACAUCUGGACCUCUUUCAGCAGCUAGAAGUUCUCAGGACUCUGAAGAAGCAGUAGUAGAAAAAGAAAGUGAGCCCCUAGAAGAAUUAAUUGAUGGUAACUUCCCACAACUGGUUAUUGAAAAUGCCAGAGAAAAGAUCCUGAGCAGCAAAUCUCUUCAGGAGAAGCUCGCUGAAAACAUUAACAAAAUCCUGGGGAGUGAUGGCAGUGUUGCUCAGGCCCCUAAACAGACAGACAGUGGUCCCACAGAACAGGAGACUUCAAUUGAUGAAAUCCUUGGACUUCAGGGUGAAAUUCAUAUGUCAGAAGAGGCUAUCCAGGACAUUCUGGAGCAGACAGAAUCAGAUCCAGAUUUCCAGGCUCUGUUUGACUGCUUUGAUUAUGGAAAGAGCAAGGUAAACAAGAACUUACCUGGUUCUAUUUCUGGUCGGAAUGGAGUGGAGAACGAAAUCCUGGUGGCUGAGGAUAGCCUGGAAACAUUUGGAAGUUCUUUAGGAACAGAAGAAACUAACAGAUGUGAUAAUUCUAGAGAACCGCUAUCCUGUAAAGGCUUUCAGUUAGGAGAAGCAUCAUGUGCCUUGAAGACCAGCAUUAAUGAUGAUGAUGAUAUGGCUAAGAAAAGUCCAGCCAGUGAACAGCUGCAUGGAAACUGUAGACCAAGGAAGCAGACUGAAGAACUUACAGCCAUUACCCCUGAACAUAUCAGAGAGCAUGAAAUUGCUUUUGACUCAGUGUCUGAUUUGACUGAACCUAACAAGAGACCAAGUCCUGACAGCAAAUGUAAUGAACAGUGUGCAGACACUUACAUUACAAAAGAGUCAUCUACAUUAGUAUCUGAAAGUGAGAGUGCUAUGGAAAUUGAAAAAGGCUCACCAAGUGAUAGUUCUCAAAGUAGUCCUAAUUUAGAAUAUGUUCAUUCUGGCACUCCACAGAUUCCUUUGAUUUCAGUGGCAGAGGAUACUAUAGCUGGUGAAAACAAAACUGAUUCAGGAAGUAAAUGCCCAUUAUCACCAGAUACAUCACUGUCUGAAAAAAGACUUCCUGGAAGCCCUUCUGAUGGGGGCCCUGGCCACAGUGCACUGCUGAGAAAAAACAACUCCUCCAUUUCUAGCCCACUGGCAGAUGUAGGAAAAGAACAGACUGUAACCAGUGAUCCAGCUGCCUUGCCUGGUGUUCCAGAGGAGAACUCCAGCCGCCCCUCUAACCAUCAGGACCAGAGCACACAGGCAGACUGUGCUGCGGGAUCUGUGGUGGACAUCACGGAUCUUGACAAAACAGAGUUGCAGCUUGAAGUUGUUGAUACAUCUAACAAAACUUACUCAAGUGAUCAGCAUACACUUGAUAAGCCUUGUAAGAAAGAUUUUAACCUCCCUUCAGAACUGCCAAACACAGAGGGAACACAAGGGGAGAUGCAAGAACCUUCAUCUUCAACAAAAGUAGACACUGAUAAUUUAUAUUUCUCAUCUGGUAAUAAUGCAUGUACAGAUAUUUCUGUAGUAUCCACUGAAAACAAUCUUACUACCUCUGAAAUAUGCCACUCUCCUCUGCCUGAAACUGCAUCCUCAGCAGAGGAGUCAGGUACUGAGGCCAAAAGUAUAAGCAGUGUAUCUUCUAGUAGUCAACCAAUGGAUGUUGAUCCUUCUAAUAUAAUGUCCCUCAAGAUCAUCAUCAGUGAUGAUCCCUUUAUAGCAUCAGACACAGAGUUAAAUAAUGCUGUUUCCAGCAUCACAGGAGAAAAUUUGCCUACUAUAAUAUUGUCAUCUCCAGCCAAAUCCCCAGCCAAAACCCCAGGCCUGCCCAAAUGUCUGACUUCAGAAGACACAGAAAAAAAUACGGAUUCAGCUCUAGCCGAGCAGAAUCUUCUCGUGCUUAGACCUAAGGAUCCUGUGGUUACCUCGGUUAACACUCAGAGUGAAGACUGCGCUGGCUUUUCAGUUGCAAGUUCAACUCAUCUUUCCACCGAAGGGGGAUUUAUACAGUUGAUGCCAGCCACGAGCACAGCUUUUGGGAAUUCCAGCAACCUUUACAUAGCCACGUGUAUGACUGAUCCAGCAGCCUUGGGUGCAGCUGUAACACCAUCAAAUGUGGUGGUAUUGCCUGGCAGUUCUAUGCCCCUGGCCUCCCAAGCUCCAGCUGUACAGCAGUUGCGGACUCCUCCCAGAUCCAGCAGUACAUUUCCAGCAAACCAGACUGUCUCCCCAAACUUCCCACAGGGCUCUGCCAUUAUAAUUGCAUCUCCAGUGCAGCCAGUUUUGCAAGGAAUGGUGGGAAUGAUACCUCUCUCCGUAGUAGGACAGAAUGGAAAUACGUUCUCAGCACCUGCCUGCCAGGUUCUUCACAUGCCUGUGGCUAAUCCAGUGUGCAAUGGAAGUGUCCCAAAGCUUCCCAUCCCUCCCAAAUCACAGAAGAUUCCUGGAGCAAGAAACAGGAAUACUACAGGAAAACUGGUACCAAAUGUAGCUGAGCCUUUGAACCAUGCAAAUCUUCGAACACAGAGGGCUGGAAAUUACGACAAGCUUACCAGUGCAGAGGCAGGAAGGAAAGUGGAAGAGAACUUACCUGUUGCCCCAGCAGAGAGCACAAGCUCAAAUCCCAGACAGAGUGAGAGUCACAGGAGAGUGCUUUGCUUUGAUAACGUCCUACCCCCUCCAGGAGGAAGCACCCAAAUUCAGCCUUCUAAGAGCUCAUCCCAGAAAGAAAGAAACGAAAGCCCUUCAUUUGCUGUUGACUCUGCGUGCUCCUCUGCUAAGGCACAGGUACCAAAGAGAGACAAAGACAAAACAUUGCCCAGAAUUCUGUGUAGGCCAGAAGUUGGUAGCAACAGAGGCGCAUCUGCAAAGGAGCCACAGCCCGAGCGGAAGGCGGCAGCUGCAGGGCUUUCAUUAGAUCCUUUCCACAAGACGACAGCAAACAAAGAAAAUGAGCUACGAAGGGACACUGAUGAAAAGCAGAAGAACCAGGACACCGCCAAACUCUCAAACGGCCAACAGAGCGUUGCCUUAUGGAACGAGAAGACGGUUGCUUCGGUACAAGAGCUGAACAAAAAGCAGGGGUCGCUGUCAACUGGGGCCGGCAGCUGCAAAUCGUCGGCGUCUGUGGCGUUGUCCUCGAAGGAGCCCAAGCGAGAAGCUGCGAAAGCUUCCGGCCAAGGCCUGGGCCUGUCCAGCCCCUUUGGCAAGCAGCGCGUGGAGAUGCUGCAGGACAUCCAGUGGCAGAGCCCCGCCGCCAAGGCCGCCGAGAACGGAGAGCUGCCGGUGCCCCGCACGCCGUCCGGAGUCGGGGACAGGCACGCGGAGGACACGACGGACAGCGUGCGCACGCCCACGUGCCGGCGCUUCGCGGAGGAGAGCGGCACGCCGCGCGUCAUGGUGCCGCCCGCCACGCCCGACCUGCCCGCCUGCAGCCCCGCCAGCGAGACGGGCAGCGAGAACAGCGUCAGCAUGGCCGCGCACACCCUCAUGAUCCUGUCGCGCGCCGCCAUCGCCAGGACGAGCGCCGCCACCCCCCUCAAGGACAACACCCAGCAGUUCAGGGCUCUCAGGAGCACCGUCAAGAAAAGGAAACCCGAGGACUUAAAUGAGGGCGAGAGAAACUCCCGUUCUGCAAACAGAAAAGAGCUUCAGAGCUCUCCAACACCGUGCAAAAAAAAGAAAAUCAAGAAAAAGAAGCUCCCAAAUUCUUUUCCAGCAGGAAUGGAUGUGGACAAGUUCUUGUUGUCUUUGCAUUACGAUGAAUGAAUAAAAAGAAGUUGAAGUGAGGCCAUCUGAAGCUCAGUGGAGCAGUGCUGAGGUUUUGCAUGGGAAGAGAAGUUAACUCUAAAGGGCAAGUUGCACUUUCAGUGCACUGAAGUUUCACUUUAUAGCAAAGUCAUGCUGAUUCUGAAGCAGGUUGCAAAGUGUAAAUAUCAUUGAGUUGGUAUAUGUUUAUUUUUGAAAAAGCACUUGCAUAAUUAUAGAGCCAUUUAAAUUGCAAAACUGUAAAUUUGUGUAAAUGAAAUGUAAGAAAGAUUGUACAUUUCCUGUUAGACCACGUUGUCUGUGUUCUGCUGCUUUCUCUACUUACCCCUCUGAAGCACUCAGCCAGUCUGUGAAAAGGUGGUGUUUGUCACUCACCACUCUAAGAUGGGGCAGCUACCUUGGCCACUUCUCAUUGUUUUGUUGAAUCUGAAAGGGACUUAAAUAUUCAGCUC